GGAGUAUAUAGAGGAACACAGGGGUCUGUACAAGGACGUGAUGAUGGAGAAUCACCGGCCCCUCACAUCACUGGAUGGACCCAGUAACAGAGAUACCCCAGAGAGAUGUCCCCGUCCUCUGUAUUCCCAGUAUUGUACAGAGGAGAAUCACAGGAUCCCACAGGAGGAUCAGGAUGAGCACCUUUCUGAUAUGAAGGCCGAAGAUACAGAGGGAGAAGAAGAGACGUAUGUGACUGAUAUGAAGGCAGAAGAUACAGAGGGAAAAGAAGACGUAUGUGAUGGAUAUGAAGGGAGAAGAUGAGACGUAUGUGACUGAUAUGAAGGCAGAAGAUAUAGAGGGAGAAGAGACGUAUGUGACUGAUAUAAAGGCAGAAGAUAUAGAGGGAGAAGAAGAGACGUAUGUGACUGAUAUGAAGGCAGAAGAUAUAGAGGGAGAAGAGACGUAUAUGACGGAUAUGAAGGCAGAAGAUACAGAGGGAGAAGAAGAGACGUAUGUGACUGAUAUGAAGGCAGAAGAUACAGAGGGAGAAGAAGAGACGUAUGUGACUGAUAUGAAGGCAGAAGAUAUAGAGGGAGAAGAGACGUAUGUGACUGAUAUGAAGGCAGAAGAUAUAGUGGGAGAAGAAACGUGUGUUACUGAUAUGAAGGCAGAAGAUAUAGAGGGAGAAGAAGAGACGUAUAUGACGAAUAUGAAGGCAGAAGAUAUAGAGGGAGAAGAAGAGACAUAUGUGAUUGGUAUGAAGGCAGAAGAUAUAGAGGGAGAAGAAGAGACGUAUGUGAGGAGAGAUCAGAAGUGUAAUGAAGAGGAAAUGCCUACAGAUAUCACCACAGCAGAUGGAGGCACAAGCAGGAAUUCCUUGGAGGGAGAUCUCAUCUUGUCUGCAGAAAGUAAAAUAGAAGAUAACACCACACAGGAUUCUCCAGGAGACAUCCCCAUUUCUCUAACUAUACAUCCAGUACCUGAUACUUCAUCUGAUCCCUCUAAUCCAGAUGACUGUUCAUGUAAUACCUCAGAUUUUGUUACACAUCAUGCAGCUCAUACAUGUGAUAAAAUAUUUCCAUGCUCUGAGUGUGGGAAGAGUUUUGCACGCAAAUUACAACUUGUUAUACAUCAGAGAAGUCAUACAGGUGAGAGACCAUUUCCAUGUUCUGAGUGUUGGAAAAGUUUUGCACACAAACCAGAGCUUGUUCUACAUCAGAAAAGUCACACAGGUGAGAAACCAUUUCCAUGUUCUGAGUGUGAGAAAUGUUUUCCACUCAAAUCACAGCUUGCUAGACAUCAGAGAAUUCACACAGGUGAGAAUACAUUUCCAUGCUCUGAGUGUGGGAAAUGUUUUCUGUAUAAAUCAGAACUUGUUAUACAUCAGAGAAGUCACACAGGUGAGAAACCAUUUCCAUGUUCUGAGUGUGGGAAAUGUUUUAUAGUCAAAUCACAUCUUGCUAGACAUCAGAGAAGGCACACAGGUGAGAGACCAUUUCCAUGUUCUGAGUGUGGGAAAUGUUUUAUAGUCAAAUCACAUCUUGUUGCACAUCAGAGAAGUCACACAGGUGAGAAACCAUUUCCAUGUUCUGAGUGUGAGAAAUGUUUUCCACUCAAAUCACAGCUUGCUAGACAUCAGAGAAUUCACACAGGUGAGAAUACAUUUCCAUGCUCUGAGUGUGGGAAAUGUUUUCUGUAUAAAUCAGAACUUGUUGCACAUCAGAGAAGUCACACAGGUGAGAAACCAUUUCCAUGUUCUGAGUGUGAGAAAUGUUUUCCACUCAAAUCACAGCUUGCUAGACAUCAGAGAAUUCACACAGGUGAGAAUACAUUUCCAUGCUCUGAGUGUGGGAAAUGUUUUCUGUAUAAAUCAGAACUUGUUAUACAUCAGAGAAGUCACACAGGUGAGAAACCAUUUCCAUGCUCUGAGUGUGAGAAAUGUUUUCUAGUCAAAUCACAUCUUGUUGCACAUCAGAGAAGGCACACAGGUGAGAGACCAUUUCCAUGUUCUGAGUGUGGGAAAUGUUUUCUGUGUAAAUCAGAUCUUGUUAUACAUCAGAGAAUUCACACAGGUGAGAACCCAUUUCCAUGCUCUGAGUGUGAGAAAUGUUUUCCACUCAAAUCACAGCUUGCUAGACAUCAGAGAAUUCACACAAGUGAGAAUACAUUUCCAUGCUCUGAGUGUGGGAAAUGUUUUCUGUGUAAAUCAGAACUUGUUAUACAUCAGAGACGUCACACAGGUGAGAAACCAUUUCCAUGCUCUGAGUGUGGGAAACGUUUUGUACGCAAAUCACAGCUUGCUAAACAUCAGAGAAGUCACACAGGUGAGAAUACAUUUCCAUGCUCUGAGUGUGGGAAAUGUUUUCUGUAUAAAUCAGAACUUGUUAUACAUCAGAGACGUCACACAGGUGAGAAACCAUUUCCAUGCUCUGAGUGUGGGAAAAAUUUUGCAUGCAAAUCACUUCUUGCUAGACAUCAGAGACGUCACACAGGUGAGAAUACAUGCUCUGAGUGUGGGAAAUGUGUUCUGUAUAAAUCAGAACUUGUUAUACAUCAGAGACGACACACAGGUGAGAAACCAUUUCCAUGCUCUGAGUGUGGGAAAAGUUUUGCACGCAAAUCACAUCUUGCUAGACAUCAGAGAAUUCACACAGGUGAGAAUACAUUUCCAUGCUCUGAGUGUGGGAAAUGUUUUCUGUAUAAAUCAGAACUUGUUAUACAUCAGAGAAGUCACACAGGUGAGAAACCAUUUCCAUGCUCUGAGUGUGGGAAAAGUUUUCUGUGUAAAUCAGAACUUGUUAUACAUCAGAGAAGUCACACAGGUGAGAAACCAUUUCCAUGCUCUGAGUGUGAGAAAAGUUUUUCAGGCAAAUCACAGCUUGCUAGACAUCAGAGAAGUCACACAGGUGAGAAACCAUUUCCAUGCUCUGAGUGUGGGAAAUGUUUUCUGUAUAAAUCAGAACUUGUUAUACAUCAGAGAAGUCACACAGGUGAGAAACCAUUUCCAUGCUCUGAGUGUGGGAAAAGUUUUGCAGGCAAAGCGUAUCUAGCUAAACAUAAAAAAUUACACAGGAGUAAAGCAUUACUAUGAUCUGAUACACAACAGGGUUGUAGCAACACUUUAUUGUAUUGGACAGGUCCGGACUGCCCAUCUUUCACCUCUGGCAUAUUCCAGAAGUGCCAAUGGACUGUUGGUUUCAUCCAGUUCCACAGAGAUAUAGGAAGGCUGUGUGCAGCGCAGCCUCUGGCUCUCUGGUUUAGCCGCCCCUACUUCCCAAAGUGUCUACCCCACACCCACCCCAUAAAUAAUUACAUACAGUGUGCAUUAGGGAACACAUAUUGUUUUUUCUUACACAGAAUUACCCCUCCCUUUUAGCACCUCAGUGACAUCACAAUCUGAUUGAGCAGCUUGCCAGUAUGUGCAUUGUAUUUAGAGAGGCAUGGGUGGGUCAGCAUUAGGAUGGAUUGCUUACUCCAGAGUGCCUUUGGAGAAGUUAGGGGUGUCUCCAGGUAAGCUGGCUCUCAGAUACUGUAGGAGCCAUCAUGUGGCCUUACACUGGGCAUUCAGACCCAGACAUAUAUGUAAUUAUUUGUGGGGUGCAGUGGCCCCUAUGUCAGUAUGGCUGCAGUGAUCGCAAAAACGCGCUAUGGCGCGUUUUUUACCCGUUUUUGAAGACAUGGGACUCCAGUUUACAAAGUGGGAGGGUCCCCAGGGACGCGCUCCUCAAUAGCCAAUCCCUAAGGGGGAUUUCUUUCAACUGACACGCUGGCCUCGGGCUGAAUGAUAUAAAGAGGAGGUGGAGCCAGUUUCCCCUCCUCUUUGGCGCCUGGCUGCUUGCGGAGGCCGGGUGACUUGGUGUCGGUGAGUGAAUAGUGCGGCUGGUGAACGGUUUACGAGGGGGGGUUGCCACAGCUUCUCUGGGGGGUGCUGGC